CAUUUCAUUGUUGGAUUGUGGCGCUUCACUCCUGCUGGCGGCCGGCAGGGGGCGGAGUUCGAGCCUGGAUUUUUUUCCUCGGGGCCUCCCCCGGGAGGCCGUCCCGGCGUGGGGGAGGGGAGGACGGGGCGGGAGGACGCGGUUCGGUCGGCUGCAGCGCUACUUUUGGUUCGGGGUCGACAGGGAGGCCGCGGCUACCGCAUCAGAGCUGACGUGGGGACUACGUGGGGCCGCUGCCGGCUCCGGGUUGCUGGGCGGCGGCGCCGCUGCUGAGCGGCGGUCGGUCUCGCCGUCUCCACCUCCUCGCGUCCGUAAUCAGUGACGAGGUCCGCUACGUAAAUCCCUUUGCGGCGGGAUAAAUAAAGAAAACGGGAAAGGACGAAAGCAUUGAUUACAAAUGUCUUAACAAUGAGCAAAUGUGCAAGGAAAAAAUAUAUUAAGACAAAUCUAAGACAAAUGACCAUGGAAACAGUUGAAUCCCAGCAUGAUGGAAGUAUAACAGCUUCUUUGACAGAGAGUAAGUCUGCUCAUGUGCAGACUCAGACUGGCCAAAAUUCAAUCCCUGCUUUAGCUCAGGUUUCUGUGGCUGGAUCAGGCACCGGAAGAGGCUCCCCAGCUGUAACUCUAGGACAGUUACCUUCGGGCCAAACUAUACAUGUCCAGGGAGUAAUUCAGACACCACAGCCAUCGGUUAUUCAGUCAUCACAAAUACACACUGUUCAGGUAGCAGCAAUUGCAGAGACAGAUGAAUCUGCAGAAUCAGAAGGUGUAAUUGAUUCUCGUAAACGUAGAGAAAUCCUUUCACGAAGACCCUCUUAUAGGAAAAUACUGAAUGAACUGUCCUCUGAUGUGCCUGGUGUUCCCAAGAUUGAAGAAGAGAGCUCAGAGGAAGAAGGAACACCACCUAGCAUUGCUCCCAUGGCAGUACCAACUAGCAUAUAUCAGACUAGCACGGGGCAAUACAUUGCUAUAGCCCAAGGUGGAACAAUCCAGAUUUCUAACCCAGGAUCUGAUGGUGUUCAGGGACUGCAGGCAUUAACAAUGACAAAUUCAGGACCUCCUCCACCAGGUGCUACAAUUGUACAGUACGCAGCACAAUCAGCUGAUGGCACACAGCAGUUCUUUGUCCCAGGCAGCCAGGUUGUUGUUCAAGCUGCCACUGGUGACAUGCCAACUUACCAGAUCCGAGCUCCUACUGCUGCUUUGCCACAGGGAGUGGUGAUGGCUGCAUCGCCCGGAAGUUUGCACAGUCCCCAGCAGCUGGCAGAAGAAGCAACACGCAAACGAGAGCUGAGGCUAAUGAAAAACAGCCUUGUCAGAGUUUCUUCCUUGCCUUGCAUUUCCUCUCCGUGCUGAGGAUACACCCAGACACAUGCAAGCCUGAAAACCGAGCUCACUAUUAAUAGAAGAAACAGGUGUUUUCCAUGGCUGAGGAGUGCUUAGGAACGUACCAUCUACUGAUGUGAUCGGGGAAAGCUUUGUGCCUGCAACAUUUUGACUCUAGUAAUAUGUGUGUGCAUGCACACACACACAUGCACACUCAAAUGUAAAAGAUGAAGUAUGAGUAUUUAUAAUAGCUUGGUAAAUAAAAUGUUUAAACACCCACAACACCGCUAUUAGGUCUUUAAAUUUUUCAUUUAAUGGUAACCAUGUUUUGUAAAAUGACUAUCUUCCUUCUAGGUCUAGAAUUUAAUAUAAUUUAAUCAUGAAAACGUUGGUAUUCAUAAAUGAAUUUCAGUGCCUUUGUGGAAAAGAGUUAAAUUAUGUUCCCAAACUGGCAAAUGUGUGUGUUUGGAUUUAUUCUUAAGUUUUCCAAUUGCAUCAUUUAGAUUAAAUUAGUCACUAUAACAUUCUAUUCAAUUUUACAUUUUAAAUUUCUUUUGUUAACCAGCUGAGAAGUCUGAGAACUUUGUGCAUUCACAGGGUGAGUCCAUUGUUCCUGGCUAGGAAGCAGGGGUUGAUCUUUUCCUGCAGUUCAUUUGGAUUGAAGGUUCUUCUUUGCUGACUCUUGCUUCCAUAGUGAAAACACAGAUAUCCAGUCAGUGAGAGUCAGCUAUCUUAAAAAAAAAAAAUCAUGUAUACAUCACAUAUGGUUCAGGAUGCUAAUUGGCAUUACAGAAACUGGUGUUUAGACAUUCAACACUGCUCUUGUUAACAUAUUUGAAUGAUAGUGUCUGUUUCAGUGCAGGCUUUUUUGACAUGAAGGGUGAUCUACCUCAAAGGCAGUUAUUCUGGAAUCGAAUCCUCCAAAAUGAGGCCAAUUAAAGGGUGUCUUCUGCACAGGAGUUAAGGGAAGUGGUUGCCAUCCCUCCCACCCUGAAAAAAAGAAAAAGAGAAAAUGUUGGCUCUAUUUAUUGUUUUGGUGGGGUUAUGUAUGAAAAUGACUAAGUCAACUCAUCUGUUUGUGUUGUUGCUUUGGCUACUGGUCUGUUCUUUCAUUUUGGGCUUAUAGUGCUUUAAAAUUCAAUAUAUUGGAUAUUAAAUGCAUGUGAUUAGGAAACAGUCUUGAAAUAUGCCCGGAGUUACUCAGUAGCUUCUUUUUUAUAAUUUUAAUUGUGGUGGUCUCACAUUUGUGGGUUUAAAUUGUCUGAGUUAUUGAGUGUUGUAUUUUGUAGCCCCCUUCUUUAAUUUUCAGAAGCACUGUCCAUUUCAUUUCGGUUUAUAAAAAUGCACAUCUUUUGUUUAUUGUUAUGAUUUAUCCAUGUGUGUUUUCUAGCCAAUAAACUGUGUCUUGCAGUCAUGAUUGAUCUUGUUUUACUGAGAUUUAGUUUUGAAGACUAAAAAUCUCCAGUGUUGAUAUUUAAGGUUUUUGAGGAUUAAUUCUUAUAAUCAUUUUUGAUCGAAUAAAAUUAACUCAUUAUGUCGGAGUAUGUGUCUUUUGGGAGACAAAAAUAAUUAAGAGAAUUCAAAGGAUCUAUAAAUGUUUUUGUAGAAAUUCCACUUGGGGAUGUGGUCCUAUUGUAGUUUACUGAAAACAGUUGUGGGCAUUGUUACCAGUGGAAUGUGUGCCCUAAGAAAACACCAUUUGUGAUGAAUGCUGGGCGAACUGUGUUCUCAAAUCAUUCCUGUUGUCUGAUGGUUAUCUUACAAAAAGCAUGUGCCUGGUUAUGUUUGUUAUGUGGCUUUGUACAGUCCUUACCUAGGAUCUAUUGGCUGUUGAGUUCGGGGGGCAGAAGUGCACUGACCCCCUGUGGAUUGUGUUGGAAGGCUGUUCCUGUAGUCAUUUGCCUUGUGUUGCUUCCAGGGAAGCUGCCCGGGAGUGUCGCAGGAAGAAGAAAGAAUAUGUCAAAUGUCUUGAAAAUCGUGUGGCUGUGCUUGAAAACCAAAACAAGACUCUCAUUGAGGAACUCAAGGCCCUCAAAGAUCUUUAUUGCCAUAAAGUAGAGUAACUGUCUUUGACUUGGACCUUGUUUACUCUAAUCAAGGCAGGAGAUGCAGCAGUCCUACUUAUUGCCAUGUGGACUUGUGGGAAGGACACGUGUGACCCUUAAGAAUCCAGUUUGGAUUAGUGUUUGAAACUGAAUUGGGAAUGUUGUUCCAGGAUGUGGAAUGCAGCCGUGAUCACACUUACCGAGCUUACUUUGAUCUGUUUGUCAAUAGCAUGCAAAAAAUGCUUUGUUUGCCCUUUGCUUCUGCUUUUUUCAGGGAAGCUGCCAAAGAAUGUCGACGUCGAAAGAAAGAAUAUGUAAAAUGUCUGGAGAGCCGAGUUGCAGUGCUGGAAGUCCAGAACAAGAAGCUUAUAGAGGAACUUGAAACCUUGAAAGACAUUUGUUCUCCCAAAACAGAUUAGUAGAAAUAUUUAACUAUGAACUGAAGACAGCAUGUAUAGUUGCUUUUGAAGGAAUACAAUAUAUAGCUGGCGAGAA